UAUUGCAGACUGUGGAUCAUGGGGUUUGCUGAGAAGGCCCGGCCCUUGUAUGAGGGAAGUAAAGAGACCCCAAACUGGACUUGGACUGAACCAAUGAAACAGGCUUUCCAGACACUCAGACGGGCCCUACUAGAAGCCCCAGCCCUUGCCCUGCCUAACCCAAAUAAGCCAUUCCAGCUGUUGGUAGAUGAAAAGCAAGGAAUAGGAAAGGGGGUCUUGACGCAACAAUGGGGACCAUGGAAGCGGCCAGUGGCAUACCUUUCGAAGCGAUUGGACCCAGUGGCCGCUGGGUGGCCCCCUUGCCUUCGCAUCGUCGCAGCCACUGCCCUCCUCGUCCGCAACGCUGACAAGUUGACGUAUGGACAGCAACUCUUGGUUUACACCCCCCACGCCGUUGUAAGGGUUUUGAAGCAGCCGCCGGGUAAGUGGAUCUCCAAUGCCCGCUUGACACAUUACCAGGCCUUGCUGCUGGAUGCCCCACUUGUGCGUUUUCAGACCCCUUGCUUCCUGAAUCCGGCCACGCUCCUACCUAACCCAGAAAAAGACCGCCCUCUCCAUGAUUGCAGUGAAAUACUGGCUGAAGCCCUGGCGGCACGAAAAGACUUAACUGAUAUACCCCUAGACAACAGUGAGCUCGUAUGGUUCACCGAUGGGAGCAGCUAUGUAAAAGAUGGGCAAAGGAAGGCGGGAGCCGCCAUAGUUGAUGAUUCAGGACAGACGAUAUGGGCUGAGACACUUCCCACAAACACUUCUGCGCAAAAAGCAGAAUUGAUUGCCCUAAUACAGGCUCUGGAGCAAGCCAAAGGGAAGAGAGUCACCAUUUUUACUGACAGCCGAUAUGCUUUCAGCACUGCCCAUAUUCAAGGUCCAAUAUACCAAGAAAGGGGAUUUCGGACAGCUGAGGGAAAAGAAGUCAAAAAUCUGCCCGAGAUUCGCAGGCUCCUGGAAGCUGCCCAACUGCCUGGGCAGUAGCAAUGGUACAUGUACCCGGU